CCGACCAACAGACAUAACAAACCCUCUCGCCAUGCACUACCGUCAACUUCUGUCUGGAUUAGUUUCUGUGUGUGCAGGGUGAGAUGUUGUCUCGUGUGAUCAUUUUGAUGAGUAUCCUGGGUCUUCAUUUCCGGAGCUGUGCAACUGAUCUGUGCAACUGGACUGGAAGCGGUUUUGCAGCUGGUGUGGACUCCAGGAUUGUGCUGCAGGUGCAGCUGAGCUGCACAGAGGGCUCGGUGCGCUGGAUUUACCCGGGCCAGGCUCUCCGAGUGGUCCUGGAGCCCAACCUGUCCACCGCCAUGCGCACCACCGUGUGCAUCAAGCCGUCUCCCUCUCUGCGUGGAGCCAGCGUGUUCAUCGAACGGGCCGGGCAGCUGGAGCUGUUGGAGACGGAGGGCGGGCGGCCCGAGCAGCAGGUCUUCUGUUUCCGGGUCGAUGGACCCCACAGGCCCGCCAUCUACCUCCAGUCCAGCCCGCAGAGUGUUGGCUCGUGGAGCCGCCGGACGAUGGGCUUCAGAUACGAGCUGCUGAGCAACAGGAGCGCUGUGUCCAACGCGGGCCACACGGGGCUUCAGGCGUCGUGCCAACCCUGCAAUAAUACACAACUCCUCAUGGCUGUCUGCAACAGUGACUUUGUGGUCCGAGGCUACAUCAACAACGUCUCCCACGACUCUGUACGCCAGACGUCGCUGGUGGAGGUGUCAGCAGAGCGCGUUUACUGGCAGCGCAGCGGGGUGUUUGAGCAACAAGCGGCGGCCUCCAGAUCCUCGCCUUCCGCCCUGCCUUGGCGUGGACACAUACUCACACUCAUGCAGUGCCACGUGAAGCCCGGGGACGGAGAAUUCCUCUUCACAGGGUCAGAACACUUUGGGGAAGCCUGGUUAGGGUGUGCCCCGCGAUACAAAGACUUCCUGUCGGUCUACCAGACCGCAUGGGCAGCGCGUCAGAAUUCCUGUGACUUCCCUUUGGACUGAGGAAGUUUGUGGGGAUGUUGUGCCUGGAAGGUGGCAUCAAGCAUCACCAGCAUGGACAAAGUAAUUGAAUCUCUGGUGGAAAAAAAAUUCACAUUUAGAGGAGCAGAGCAAGAGCAAACAGCAGGGCCUCCUGCACUGAGGCUCAGAUAGGGCCGGCCUUUGUCUCCCUCCCAUCACUGCCCUUACUCCUGGGAGAGAGAAAGAAGGGGUUGGGUUGCUGCUCUCUCUUUGUGCUUCUCCCCACAUCAACUGUUGUUCACUUUGCUGCUCUGUGUGUGACAAUUGCCCCCCUGAACCGAGAGAAAGAAGGAAGCACAGCCAACGCCAGUUUGUCACAGUGAAUAGGCUUGUACAUAUACGAUUGUGAAGGUAUUUCUAUUCUGAUUAAUCUGUGCUUAAGUUUCAAAUCCUCUUUGCGUCGUCUAUUUAUUUGUGUUAUACCCUACGCAUGACCUUUGAAUUACGGAAAAUGUUUUUUGCAUCUAAUUCAGAAUCAUUGUGUUCAUAGUGCAACAUAAAUUCUUAACUGUUUUAGUGAUCACAUUCAUUUUAUUUAAUAAAGAGAAUUUAUAAUAUUGACCAAUCCAGAUAAGAAUUGGACAUUCAUUUUAUUUUUAUUGUGCACGUUGUUUUCCCCUUACAUCUGUUGCAUGUUGUUUCCAUAUUGGCAUUUCAGUUCAACGUUUAGCUUGGCUUAUCAUUGACCGGACAUAAUAAUUCUCCAUGGCAUGCAAGAAUAAGCGAACAUCAAUACAUCAUGAUAACAUCACCUGCAAUUCACAUUGUGUUUGUUCUUGCUCACAAAAAAUAAAUAAAACAUCCAACAUUA